AUGGCAAAAAAAAGUUCAGAUGAAAUUGUUUUAUGUUAUUAUGAUUGUGUGCUUAGAAGAAGCGAUGUAGCAUUAUUACAAGGAACACAAUGCCCAGAACUAACACAAUUGUUGAAACUGACUGAACCAUCUCAAUAUAAUAUCUUCUUGGAUUCUCUUAAUGCAUUAGAAUGCAAGUGUGUAUUCUUUCCUUUAAAUAAUUGCGAGAGUAGAGAAUCAGCAGGAGGAUCACAUUGGAGUUUAUUAUUAUAUUGCAAGGAAGAAAAAACAUGUUACCAUUUUGAUUCAUGUAAAGGUUGCAAUUAUGCUGCAAAAUUUGCAAGGAAUGUACUGAAUUAUAUGCUUGGCAACGAUGAGCCUAACAAGAAAUUUCUGGAGCCAAAUUGUCCACAACAAGACAAUGGAUAUGACUGUGGACUUUAUGUUUUGUGCUUAACAGAUAUAAUUACAGAAUAUGUUCUGAAAACUGGGAGAGUAAGUGGAUGUGACUACAGUCAAACUAAAAGUUUCGUUUCUAAGAAACGUGCACAAUUAUUGCACUUAAUAGAUGAGCUAAAACAUACAGAGAGUCUUAAACAAUGA